AUGCGCCGGACUCCCUCGAGGAGCAACCUCGACGACGAGCUGCCCUCGGCCCGGCACCACACCCGCGCGUCCAGCAGCGGCCACAACUACGUUCCGCUCAGCUCCGCCCAGGACAACCGCGCUCCUCUCCCGACCCUGCCGAGGCUGCCGCCGCCUCGAGGACGACACUGGCGACCAUCUCGAUCGACCCUCCUGUGGGCGUGCGCGACCGCCGCCCUCGUCGUGUACUAUCAGCUCCGACUCAAGGAGCUCACGGCGUCGGCUCAAGCUCUCCGCACCCUCGCCAACACGCCGACAACCCGUGCGCCCAUCCUGGUGGCCUCCUCAAGCACGGCGGCGACGGUCGACGGGUUCGCCGUCCUCAACGAGACGCUCCCGGCCCUCGCGACCUCGUCGUGCGAGGUGUGCCACCUCAACCCAGCCAACCCGCUGUGCGAGUACGGCUACGACAACAUCCGCAUGUCGCGAGCGUACGAGGGCAGCGGUGCGCGCCUGCGCAAGGUGCUCGCCAAGGCGUUGCGCGGCGAGGAGGUCGUCGUCUCGGUCCUCGGCGCGAGCAUUACCGCCGGGCACAGUGUCCCGCCGGGCUAUCAGCGGUGGCAGGACCGCUUCUUCGACGACUGGAAGAAGAUGUUUCCGAAUUCAAAGAUGAACGUUGGGGCAGUGGGCGCGAUGGACAGCAUGUUCUUCUCGUUCUGCUUCGGCGCUCUCGUGCCCGAGGAGUCGGACCUGUUCCUGGUCGAACUCGACAUCAACAACGAGCCCGCGCUCGACACGCUUCGGGACGACGACGCCCUGAUGCGUGGUCUUCUACAGCUGCCGCAACAGCCGGCCGUCGUGCGCGUCUCGGCCUUCCAGAUCAUCUUCGAGGAACUCGCGCGAGGAAUCCUGUCGUGCCUCACGACCUCGCAGUACUUUGACGUGCCGGUCAUCGGUAUCCGCAACUUCCUCUUGCCGCACGUUCAGCAUCAUCGAGAAGACGCCGAGGUCAUUUUCGGGUUGGACCAGUGGGGCGAUCGAGACUAUCGCCACAUCUCCGAAGUCGGCCACGCGAGCCUCGCCGACAUGCUCUCGCUGUACAUGCGCAAGGAGGUGUGCGAGACGCAGCGCCGAGCACUUCUACCUGCACCACCUGCCCGCAAGACUGGGCCUUGGCCGACCGAGGAGGACGCCGGCAAGAUCCCACCGCUCGAGGUCUACAGCUCGUGGCGCAUCCCUACCCCACCAGAACCCGUCAUCCCGCACUGCCAGACGAUCUACAGCGACGAGCCGCUCGUCCCCGUCCAGCACACGGACGACUUUACCCGCAUCGAGUGGCACGGCAAGGCGGCAUGGUCCUCGUCUACGCCUGGCGGCCAGAUUCGCUUCAAGUUCAAGGGCACCAAGGUCGGCCUGUUCGUCUGGGUCACGAGCGGGACGAGCAACCCGCAGGAGAAGAGCACCGACCUCGCCGUUCGGGAGCGCGAGGCGCCGGGCAUCGCGAGCUGCUGGGUCGAGGAGAUGCAGGAGGACGGCGAGGGGUGGCUCGUCAAGCCUGACGGCGUCCUCGGCGGGCGCGAGGUCAACUCGCACGUCUCGUGGAAGCCGGCGCCGCAGUCCGACUUCGUCAACAUCGCCAAGGACCUGGGCCCGGGAGAGCACAUUCUCGCCUGCGAAGUCCUCCCCGUCACGACGUCUGGAGGGUACAAAUGGAGGCUACAAGGAGUCGCGUCGCAAUAGAUCCCGCGUUCCUCAUCA